CAGCUACUGAGACACAUUUUCAAUUUCUCUCUCCCUCUCUGUGUCUAACUUUCUCUCACUGUCUUCAGGGAGAUACUUGCAUUAAAUGCAUUAAAAGGUCAUUGACAAGGCAAAACUUCAGGGUAAGUAACAGGACAAGACCACUGAGGAGAAUCGGACAAUUGGAGGACUUUUAUCUAAACACUGGCUGCAUAUUAAUCCAGAGGAGGGGAGCUGUCACACAGUCAGCAUGCACCGGAAUGUGGCCCUUCAGUGUGUCAGGCUUUGGGUGAUUCUCAGUUUAGCAGGCGGUCACCUGACUGAGGAUCAGAAAUCAACCAUCGUCAACAUGCACAACGAAUUACGAUCGAAGGUUCAGCCCAGAGCUGCCUUCAUGCAGAGAGUGGUGUGGGACGAGGAACUGCGUUUGGUGGCGGAAGCAUACGCAUCUAAAUGUAUCUGGAAUCACAACCCUCAACUUAUAUUGCUUUCUAUAGGAGAAAAUCUCUUUGCCACCACUGGAUCAUUUAAUGCAACCAAAGCAAUUCUUGACUGGUUUGGAGAGCAUGUGGAUUAUGACUAUGAAAGCAAUACCUGUCCUGAAAACAAAAUGUGUGGCCAUUACACUCAGAUGGUGUGGGCAAACAGCAAUAAAGUUGGCUGCGCUACUUAUUUAUGUGACACUGUUGAGGGUCUGGUUACUAAAAGUACCACUGUGCUUGUCUGCAAUUACUUCCCCCAAGGAAAUAUUGAGGGACAAAGACCAUAUGAGUCUGGAGAACCAUGCUCAAAGUGUCCAGAUAACUUACCAGUGUGUGAGGAGAAUAUCUGUGUGGUUGAAAACAUGUUUUCAUCUGUGGAGCCGUUGUCUGAGGACCCAGAACAUUCGACUGUCUCACCUGAGGGUCCCCUCGCUACAGAGGAGCCCACCACUCUUCCUGAAGAACUCACAGAGGUGUACAGGAGAAUGGAUGACACAGGUUUGGAAAGAUCUAGAUCAGAGAUACAUAGCGCCUCUGCACCUCUGCUGCUGGUCGUCUGGCUGCUGGCAGCUCUUAUUUUGUGAGGGAUUGGAAUAAAUGAAAUCCCUCUGCACCUGAUAUUCAAAACACAGUGUUGUGACACACACUUAAACAUGAUACAAAUGUCUUCAGUGUGUAAUCACAUUUUAAAGCAGAAGUACACUUAUGAGCCAAAACAUUAUGACCACUCACAGGUGAAGCGAAUGUCUAAUCUACCCACACCUAAAGGUCUGGGUUGAUUAGAUGGUAAGCGAACAAUCAGUUCUCGUUGUCAACGUGUUGAAUGCAGGAGAACUGGGCAGGAGUAAGACCUGAGCAAUAAGGGCCAAAUUGUUAUGGCCAGACGACUGGGUCCGAGCAUCUCUGAAACGGCAAGGCUUGUGGGUUGCUCCCGGUCAGCAGUGGUGAGUACUUACAGACAGUUGUCUGAGGAGGGACAAACCACAAACGGGCAACCAACAAGUCCAAUACACGACAGCUCCACCUCGCAAUUUACAGGACUUGAAGUAUCUGUUGCUAAUGUCUUGGUGCCAGAUACCUCAGGACACCUUCAGGUGUCUUGUAGAGUCCAUGCCUCAGCAGGUCUGUGCUUUUUUGGCAGCACGCGCAGGACCAACAAUAUAUUAGGCGGGUGGUCAUAAUGUUUUGGCUCAUCAGUGUGUGUGUAUCUAUCUAUCUAUCUAUCUAUCUAUCUAUCUAUCUAUAUAUAUAUAUAUAUAUAUACAGUUGCAAUCGAAAUUAUUCACCCCCCCCAAGACAGUAAGGAUUUACAAAGGUAAGCUUUUCUGAUGACCCAGAAUUUUUAAACUUUACAUCUAUAUCAGUUGAGUGACACAUUCAAAGUCAUAGUGUGAAUAUAUAACCUAAUAUUUGUAAAUAGCAGGAUUUUUAAAAAUACAGCCAUGUCAUAAUUAUUCAACCCCUAUUGCAUGUAGCUGUUUCUUAAAUAUGUAAGGCUACACAAGUAAUUGUUUUAAAAAAAAAUUAAGUCAUCAAUCUGCAAUGGCACUUAUUUAAGUUUAAAAAUUUAAGUUUAGCGUUGUAAGCAAAAAUGUAUUUCUAUGCAAAAAAUGCAAUUAAAAAUAAGCUGUCUCAAAAGCUAAUAGAGGAGAUUAUUUCAUUACACAAGAAAGGUCAUGGCUAAAAGUACAUUUCCAAGGCACUUCAAUUUCCAAUAGACAAAGUUGGCAGCACCAUUCAUAAAUUUUUUAAAUACGGUACAACAACAACCUUCUUGGGGUGUGGAAGAAAGCAAAACUUCACAAAGUGAAAUGUUAACUUGAAUAUUCAAGAAGUAAUAGGAAAGAAGUAGGAAAGACCUGUGGAGUCCUGGAAGAAGAUUUUAUAGAUGUAUGACACUAAACUGAAAAUGAGUUUUAGACCCAUGGGUCAGCAGUACGUCUGGAGUAAGAUGACAAGAUGAUGACAAGAACGACACCAUCCCCACAGUCAAGCAUGGAGGUGGGUCAGUCCUGUUAUGGGGGUGUUUUGCGGCUCCAGGAAACGGCUGGUAAAGACGCUGGCUACCACCCCUGGAGUUCGCUAGUUUGAAUACAGGACGUGCUGAGUGACUCCAGCCAGGUCUCCUUAGCAACCAAAUUGGCCCGGUUGCUAGGGAGGGUAGAGUCACAUGGGGUAACCUCUUCGUGGUCGCUAUAAUGUGGUUAGUUCUCGGUGGGGCGUGUGGUGAGUUGAGCGUGGAUGCCGCGGUGGAUGGCGUGAAGCCUCCACACGCGCUAUAUCUCCGCGGUAAAGCGCUCAACAAGCCACUUGAUAAGAUGCUCGGGUUGACGGUCUCAGACGCGGAGGCAACUGGGAUUCGUGCUCCGCAUCUAAGGAUACAUCCAAGUUGUCCAAAAUCUGGUUCAGGGAUAAGUCGUGGAAUGUUCUUAAAUGGCCCUUUCAGUCCAUCAUUAAAAUCCCAUUGCAAACCUUUGUUGGGAUUUCAAAGAAGCAGUGGCAGCACAGAAACCAAAGAAUGUCAAUGAGCUGGAAGCUUUUGCUCAUGAGAAAUGUGUAAAAAUUCUAAUAGAGACGUGUCCGAAGCCUGAGAACACUUACAUGAAACAUUUAUUUGCUGUUAUUAAGGAUAAAGGAUGCUCCACAAAUGAUUGACUUUGGGGGUUGAAUAUUUUUGACAUGACAUUUGUGGAGAUAAUUAGUUAUUUUUUAUUUUUAAAUUUGGGUAAACUGAACUCUUUGUUCUCAGAAUCACUCAAAUGUGUAUUAAAAACAUACUUUGACUGUUUACUGAGGUUUUAGUUGAUGUGUUUUAAUUCACAUCACCAGAAUGUAUUGCUGGUCAGGGGGGUUGAAUAGUUUUGAUUGCAACUGUAUAUAAUCCCUCUGCACCUGACAUUUAGAACACAAUGUUGUGACACACACUUAAACACGAAACAAUCAUACAAAGCUUCUUCAAUGUUUAUUCCCAGUUUAAAGACAAAGUAUGUAUUUUCUGGAGCACUAUCGUCACCAAAUGGAAAAAAAGAGACUGUUUUCAAAAAGGUUUCCCGAACACUUCCCCCAUAUACAGUUGGACAAAGUUAGUUUUGCCCCAAACUCACGCCAUUCAGCCAUAUUGUUAUGUCGAGCUGGUUGAGAGGCUCAAACAAAUGUUUAAAGAAUUACAUGUUUUGAUAGCAUCACAGAGCCACAGUAUUUGUGGAAGUCAACCUACAAAUGGUUUUAAAUACUGUAUAGUUGACUUUCCACAUUAAGCUAGAAUAGAAGUAUUUUAACAUUGAAAAAUGACACGCAUCACCUUUAAUAAGACUGCACUAAGUUUUUAGUUUGAGAUGACAAAAUGCCAAUAAGAAAAAUUAUUGUAUUAUAUUGAUUGUUUUGUAACUGCAUUUGCAUAAGUAGCAGAACAACACGUUUGACUUCUACAAGGGUUUUAAAAAGGCUUAAAAGACAAAUUAGAAAACAGAGGUUUAGGUCCGAUGACAAUGGAUAUUUUUCAUUAUUUUCAUGGCUUGAAUUGAUACUGUUUGUGUAGCAUUUGAUGCAUUUGAUGAAGAUUUAUCAUAUUAUAGUUUAUAACUGAAUUACUAUUACAUUUGUACGAAGCAAGAUAAAUUGUAUCUCUUUCAACGGUCUGGUAUACAGUAUGAUAAGUACUUUAUGUUUAUUUAUCUAUGUUUACUUUGUAAAUGCCAUUUAUAUUGUGUUCAUGUUGUGAAGGGAAAAGCAGGAAUGGAAAAGUGUAAUCGAACUGGAAUAUUUCCCCUCAUAUUCUGAGUCCUGGUUUAUUUGAGGAUUUAUUCAUUACAGUAACUGACCUGAUAGUUUAUAUUUCAUUUUAAUUUCAUGUACUUGUCCCUAUAUUGGUCACUGGCCUAAAUAUAUGAUUAAAUGUCCACUGUUAUCUUUAUUUUGUCUGUCAGAACAUCUAUGCAAUAACAUUUUUAUCAUGUUUACACUUAUGAUAGAUCACUGAUUGUUAAUAACAGUUAUUGAUCAUUUCUAUCAUUUUAUUUUCUAUAAAAGCAUCUUCUAAAUGAAUAAAUGUCCAUCAAUAAUCA